UGCCUUUGGUCGGUCUGGUUUCGGUUUUUGGAGCCUCCCCUUUCCUUUAUACUUCUUCCGAUUCCUGCCUCUGUUUUCAGGUUCCCUUUCUUUUCCGAUUCCUGCUUCUGUAAAAAUCUCUCAGAACCAACCAACAGAUAUUAUCUCUGAAAAUUUGAAAACUUAAAUAAUAAAAAAAUGGAAGGAGAAGGAGGAGAAGAGCUCAGCAUACAGGAGCUGACCUCCAGUCUCUCGACGUACAAAGAUCAGCUUCACCAGGUGAAGGAGCUUUUAGCUGAUGAUCCUGCAAACUCUGAGUAUGCUGACAUGGAAAGAGAGCUCAAUGAGGUAAUUGCUCUUACAGAAGAACUACUUGCAACUGCAAAGCAAAAUCAGAAUUCUGGAUUAGGUUUCGGGACAAGUGAUAGUGCAUCACCUAGUUUGCCCCAGACUCAAAGGAAUGAAAAUGAUUCAGGGAAUAUUUCCGUUUAUAAUGACAAGUUUCCUGUUGGCACAAAAGUUCAAGCUGUUUGGAGUGAAGAUGGGAGUGGUAUGUAUGAUGCCACGAUUGAGUCUCUUACUCCAAAUGGGUACUUUGUUACUUAUGAGAGCUGGGGGAAUAAAGAAGAGGUAGAUCCAGACAAUGUCAGACCAAUUCAAGAAGGGGCUGUCAAUGCAUUGCUGGAAGCUGAAAGGGUUGCUGAGGCCACAAAACAAGCGCUCAAAAGGAAGAUUGCGCAAGCUGCUUCUGUUGAUUUCCAAUCACGAAGCUUACCAGCAAAACUUCGUAUAGAACCUGAUGAUCCAGAGGAUGUGAAAAUCACCAAACGUAAAAAGAUACAUGCUUUUAAGUCAAAGAUGAGGAUGGAACAACUGGAAGUUACACAGAAUAAACGUCAAAAUGCUUGGCAACAGUUCCAAACAACCAAAGGCAAGACUAAGAAGAUUGGUUUCUUUUCUGGACGCAAGCGUGAGAGCAUCUUCAAGUCUCCUGAGGAUCCUUUUGGGAAGGUUGGGGUGACUGGAAGUGGGAAGGGCUUGACAGAGUUUCAGAGGAGGGAAAAACACUUGCAUCUCAAAGGGGGAACAGGUGAGAAUGGUGAAGAGGCUCCUUAGCUCCCUACUGUCUCCCUGCACUUGCUUAGCGACGAAAAAGAAAAAAAAAGGUCGUACCCAGUGCACAAGGCUCCCGCUUUACGCAGGGUCUGGGAGAGGUGAAUGUUGGCUAGCCUUACCCCCAUUUAGCCUUACCCCCAUUUCGACGAAAAAGAAAAAAGAAAAAAGAAAAAAGAAACUACCUGAUCUCUCAACUUGGUCAAAAGGUUUAGUCGUAACUGGUUAAUCAAAACCUGUGGUAUGCCAUUGCCAUAUGUAUUGUUCUUACCCUCGUGGUUAUUAUUGCCAUAACAGUUGUCUUCCCACCGCUUGAGUUUGAGUUGUAUUGUGUUAGGCGUUUAUGUCGUGAAAUGAAGCAAUGGUUUGAUUCCCACCUCA